CGCCACGCUCCUUCCGGUUCUCAGUUGGCGUUGGCAUCAGAGGCUCUUUCUGCGGCGCACACCAUCACAGCCCUCGCGCCUUCAUGGGAUUGCAUGCAGCAACUCAACAAAUGAAUGGACCAUGGGUGGCCGUUAUGUCAGCACCUCGAGCGCCGUCAACGCGCGGCCGCGCGGUGUCCUGCUCACCGUCUGUGUGAUCAGUCUGGUAACCAUCUGGCUAUGUCGGCUCCCAAAGAUGUGUCUUUACGGUGAAGGAGCCGUGGUGGACGUCAGCACUGGCCCAACUGCGCGACAGUCUAUCGACCUGUCUAAGGCGGACGCGCCUUUCAUCAGCUGGCCGCUGGAGAGGGUGUGCAAUGAGAGCACCAUGUGGACCCCGGGGAUCGUGUUUGUCUGCGACAACAACUCGGGCGGGAUCGGAAACAUCCGCAACUACAUCCUUACCUGCUUCCGCUACGCCAUUGAAGCAGGGGCGACAGGCGUUGUGCUGCCGCAGAUCCGAACUCGCUCAGAAAAGGACCUCUCCGACAUCAUGCUGCCGCAUCGGGGGUUCGACUAUUUCUUCGACGAGGACCACUUUCGUCGGAGCUUGAGCGCCGCUUGCCCCCAGUUUACGCUCUACAACUCGACCGAUGACAUUCCCAACGCCCCCGUGCCUUUCAAGGCCGAAAAGAUCACUCCUCGCAACUUCGGUAAACGAGGGGGUUGCGACAAGCGGGAGCUAAACAAGCACACUGGUCGUUUCGACAAGCAGUUCUGGGAGUUCAUCAAGAACACAACCGAGGAGUUUCAUCUGCCAAUUCCCAGCAUCGAGACUCCCCGCAUAUUCCGCUUCAACUGGGGCGUGCAGUGGGACUGGCCCGUCUUCCGAGAUGGGCCCGAGUUCGUUGCUACUUACGGGGGGCUGCUCCGUUUCCGGCAGGAUAUCCUCGAUCUCGGUUUCAAGACAGCUCAGUACAUGCGGGAGUUCUCUCACCAGCACGGCGGGUCGGGCGCUUUUGCCGGCAUGCACCUGCGGACCGAGAGCGACGCCCUCAGCAGGUGGCCCAAGUUCGAUGAGCAGAGCGGUGCAUAUCUGGAGCGGGCUACCGCGCUGAACUUCAAGGUCGCAUACCUUGCCACGGGGAACCAGACCGAGGCUCGGAAGCUGACCACGGCAGCCGCGGAAUGGCAUAACAUGGCCGUGGUCACCAAGCACGAGCUCUUGCGGGAUCAUCCGGACGACUUGGAGGCGCUCGCGGCGCUCACAUGGGACCAGCAGGCGCUCAUCGACUACAUCGUGCUGCUCGAGUGCGACUACUUCCUUGGCGUCAGCCCCAGCUCCUUCAGCAUGACGGUGGCUGGAAAACGGCACCUCAAAGCAGAAGGCCUGUACACGAGACCGUGGAGAAUCGGCGGGGAUGGUGACGGCCGCAGCUGGCUUGUUGGGAGGUAUGAGAACUACUGGGAAGACUGGCUGUUUAUGUAUGAGUCUCUCUGGCCAUAAAUCGAUUUAGGUUUCAUUUUUCUCCUCCUUGCCUCAGCUAGUGUUUCGCAUUCUCAUCUUGUAGUCGAUAUUUGAGUUUCUCUGCGUGUACGGAAUCGCACAACGAAAGGACCCCGAUUGUGAUGAUACUUUCGUGUGUGAGGCACUGGUUCUAAGG